AUGGUAGUGAAAGGAAUGAAGUCAAGGUCUGAGUCAAAGAAGAGCCCUGCAGCAGAACAGAGAGCCAGUAAGGAGUUCUGUCAGUACAAAGAUAGAACCACUAAAGCAGUCACACAGCCCCACCGGGUCCCUCAGCCCUCAGAGGGACCCAUCCGCAGCUCUCGAGGAGCCGGGCACCGGCACAACUUCCCCGCAGCCGCUCCGCGCCCCCGAACCAGGCUCCCAAAAGUUCCCGCCGGGCUGCGGGAGCGGAGGGAGCGGGCGGCGCGGCCCCAGGGCGGUGAAGGGCCGAAGGCGAACGGGCGCCGGGCGCUGCCCGCGCACAUAAAACGCGGCGCGGCGCGGGGGCCCUGCCCGCAGCCAUGCAGAGCGCGGCCCCCGCCGCCCCGCCGGCCCUGCACCUCCUCACCUCCUACUUCAUCGACAGCAUCCUGGGCCGGGGCCCCGCCGCGGGCCGGCACGGUGAGGGGCGGCGGGGAGGGCGGCGCGGUGACAGGUGGCCCGGUGAGGGGCGGCGGGGUGGCUCCACGGCCGGCCGCCCCAGUAACUCCGCGGUUGUCUCCCGCAGGCGCGGAACGCGCGGAGACGCCGCGGCCCGGCCGAGCGCGCAGCCCCGCGGAGGAGCCGCAGGCGGAGGAGCGUGAGGAGCGCCCGCCCGGCCCCGAGGCGGCGGGUCCGGUGAAGAGGAAGCAGCGGCGGUACCGCACCACGUUCAGCACGUUCCAGCUGGAGGAGCUGGAGCGCGCCUUCUGCAAGUCGCACUACCCCGACGUGUUCACCAGAGAGGAGCUGGCCCUGCGCCUUGACCUGACGGAAGCCCGGGUGCAGGUCUGGUUCCAAAACAGAAGAGCCAAGUGGAGGAAACGUGAAAAAAACGAAAUUCUGGGGACUGUUCCGGGAAUCUCCUUAACUCACCCACUUGGUCUCUUUUUGGAUGUUCCACUGGGUCAUUCUCCCCUCCUAGAUCACACAUGGAGGUCAAUGCCUCUUUCAACAUUGGCUGUGCCGUCCAUGUCCCCAGCUUUUAGUCCUUCAACCUUAGGGCCAUUUGGCCUCAGCAGUCUUACCUGGACUUCUCUCUUCAGAAAUCCCAUAUUAAAUCCACAUUUUGGCAGGUUUCUCAAUGCUUUAAAUCCUCUCGUGACAACAGCUUCAGUACUAAUGAAAGCUCCUGGACCCCCGUCAGACCCUGUUCUCACUGCCUUCACUGAUCCAGCAGCAGUUGAAAGGAAAACGUCAAGCAUUGCAGCACUAAGACUCAAAGCGAAAGAACAUUCAGCACAAAUCCCUCAAUUAAACCUCAUCUCCAGUCUUACAAACACUAACAAAGAACUUUGUUAG